AUGUGCCCCGAGCCUGGGGUUACUACCAUCGACUAUAUAUCUCUUAAAAGCGCGUUCUCUGCUUUUGAGAACACAAUUGGAGUAAAUAUUGCAGUACGACCAGCGGUGAGUGUUCCAGCUUCAGCGGGCAAAACAACCGUUGGAAUUCUUCCGGGUCUUCAGAACGCACAUAAUUAUAAUGUUUUGGUUACCGUUACUCGCAACGGUGUAGAUGAGCAAUAUCUUUCAGAUAGUUUUAGGAUCAGCGGUUGUUAA